AUGCUAUUCGAGGAGCUUCCAUCAGAAUUAUUACUUGAAAUAUUUUCGUAUUUUCAUCCAUCUGACUUAUAUGGUCUAUUUCUUCCCUUAUCUAAUACGCGUUUGUCAUAUUUAAUAGCUCAUACUCAAUUAUCUCUGGAUCUAACAUACACAUCGUAUUCGCGAUUUUCACUCAUUUUAAACCAUUGUUCUCCAUCUCAAAUUAUUUUUCUUCGUUUAUCAAAUCAAUACUCGCAUGGUUUAUUGAUUACUGAAUUUUUUUCAUUGGAUGGUUUUCGUCCUGAAAAAUUUGUUCGGUUACGCUCAUUACACUUGGAUGAUAUUAUCGGCAAUGAAAUUAAUAAUCUACCACCUUAUCUUGAAAAACUUUACAUUAAAUUUCAUAAAAAAGCAAAAUAUGCUGUGAAAUUGUAUCAACUAGCACUUCAAUCAAAAACAUUAAAACAAUGUUAUCUCAUUGGUGGUUAUGCUUUUGAUUAUAAAACAUGUUCUGAUGUAUCAUCAACAACGAUUGAACAUCUUCAUAUGGCUAUUAAAAGUUUUCCAAAUGAUUUAUUAGUUUUAAUUCAAGCUUUACCAUCUCUGACUAAACUUAAAACUUGUAUCUAUAAUCGGUCAUCAGGCAUCAGAAUCUCUUCGUCCUUUACAUUUCCAUUGACUCAUUUGAACAUCGAUCUACAAGCAAGUGGUGUCAAUUUAAAUCUGCUUAAUUCAGAAUUACUUUCUCAUCUACCUCAAUUAAGAUCAUUGAAUUAUCAUUCGAAUGGAAAAUCGAAUGAACAUGUGACCGAUUUAAUACGACUGUCCAGUAGACUUAAACGUUUUCAAUUUAUUCGUAAAGGUUUAUCGCCAAAUAUUCAUAUCGCAGAUAUUGGAUUCAACAGCGAUCUUGUUACUGCUGUACAAGAAACAACAAAUAAUAAUAAUAAUAAUUCACGCCGAUCAUUAACUUUACAUACGACACCCUAUCCUGAUAGAAUACUUAAUUUACCGUUUGUUUACUGGAGUAAAGUCCAAAAUUUGAGCGAUAAUAAUCAGCAUACACCUAAUGAAGAAAUAUAUGACCGUGUUGAACGUGUUCGAAUAAAUCUAUCGGAAUCAUCUAUUGAUUCAAAUAUUUCUUCUUGCCGUUAUGCAAAUCAUUUAACAUUAGUUUCAAAUAAUGAAACUAAUCAAUGUGUUCUAUCUCCUGAGAUUAUAUCCUCUCUUGUAUGUCUCUCAUCAGUUCGUCAUUUAAUAAUUAAUACUCAAACAUCACUAUUCAAUUUUAAUCAGCUAUUUGCUCUGAUGUCACUUCAUUCACUUGACAUAGCUUGGUCUCAAAUUCGUCGGGAGUUUUCAUUAUCAAAUAUAAAAAUUCUUUCUCUUAUAAGUGAAUGUGUAUCGUGGAAAGAAAUUCAAUAUUUAAUUAUUUAUUUAAUACCCCAAUUGGAACAUCUUCAAAUGAACGUAACAACAAGUGAUGAAUGUCAACAAAUACUUAAUUUUUUAUUAUCACCUCACUAUCAGAAUAAAUUAAUAUCGAUUAAAAUUUGUAUAUGUCAUACAUUGUCAGAUCAAAUAAAGCAAGAUCUUGAACCAAUACUUCUAUCAUCGAAAUGGAUCAAAGUUAAAUGGAAAAUGGAUAAUUGGUAUUUAUAUAUUUGGAAAUAA